GUCGUGAAAAAAAGUGCAAAAAAACAAACUCAACAUAAACAUAACUGAAUGUAUAAACAAAACGAAGACGAAAGCGGCGUUGGCGUUCCCUGUUGAUUUCGGUGUUUACUUUGUUUCGAAAAAUUUGUGGUUAACUUGUGGGGAACGGUACCAAUGUUUAACGGUGCUUAGUGGUACGAUCUGGAUUAAAAGUCAAGCAAUAAUCAGUGUUUUAUAAAAAACAAAUCAAAGUCAUAAUCAAAUUGGAUUAUCGCCGAAGUGGAGAAGAAGAAUCAUUAGCAUUAUUAGCUGUUUCUUCUGAACUUGCCCCCAGGAUGUGGCAUUGCUUGACUGGUGGCAGCUUUCUUCUGCUACGAAAGCAGUUCUUUGUGCCACAAACCGCGUAGGCUAAAGGGGACACUGGACUGCCAAGGCCAUAGGGGAAGAAGAAGAAGUGCCAAUAUCAGCCGAUAUCUUAAAAAUAUAUAAAAACGAUACAACCGAUUCGUCGUCGUCGCUGUCGUCGCCUUGUUCUUCGCGAUUUCGUCGCCGUCAGCGUUCUGCGCCGACUGAGACGAAAGCUGCGAAGCAACGAGCGCCAGCGAAAGCCUCACCACGGACGCAUUUAUGGAUGCGGGCGGCCUGCCAGUCUUCCAGAGCGCCAGCCAAGCAGCCGUCGCACAGCAGCAGCAGCAACAACAACAGCAGCAGCAGCAGCAACAACAUUUGAAUCUUCAGUUGCAUCAGCAGCACUUGGGCCUUCAUCUGCAACAGCAACAGCAGCUGCAACUUCAGCAGCAGCAGCAACAUAAUGCACAGGCGCAACAGCAGCAGCAGAUCCAAGUGCAGCAGCAGCAGCAACAACAACAACAACAGCAGCAGCAGCAGCAGCAACAACAACACUCUCCCUAUAAUGCCAAUUUGGGAGCAACAGGCGGAAUGGCUGGCCUCACUGGCGGCAAUGGAGCUGGCGGCCCUCCAAAUCCAGGAGCGGUACCCUCGCCCGGGGACGGUCUUCCAACCAAACGGCAACCGAUUGUCGACCGGCUACGCCGACGCAUGGAGAACUACCGGCGCCGGCAGACGGACUGUGUGCCGCGCUAUGAGCAGGCAUUCAAUACCGUCUGCGAGCAGCAGAACCAGGAGACCACCGCCCUCCAGAAGCGAUUCCUCGAGAGCAAGAACAAGCGGGCGGCCAAGAAGACAGAGAAGAAGUUGCCAGAUCCUUCCCAGCAACAGCAGCAACAUCAGCAGCAGCAACAUCAGCAGCAGCAACAUCAACAGCAUCAGCAACAUCAGCAACACCAGCAGGCCCAGACCAUGUUAGCCGGACAGCUGCAGAGCAGUGUUCAUGUGCAACAAAAAUUCCUGAAACGACCCGCGGAGGAUGUUGACAAUGGCGCUGACAACUAUGAACCGCCGCAUAAAUUGCCCAAUAACAACAACAAUAGCAAUAAUAACAACAACAAUGGCAAUAAUGCCAACAAUGGCAAUGCCCAGAAUAGUAAUCCCAAUAACGGCGGCAACCCCAACAACAACAACAACACCAAUAACACUGGCAACAACACGAACAGCAACAACAACGGCUCUGAAAAUCUAACCAAGUUCUCGGUGGAAAUCGUCCAGCAGCUGGAGUUCACCACAUCGGCGGCCAAUUCGCAGCCGCAGCAGAUCAGCACGAAUGUUACUGUAAAGGCGUUGACCAACACUUCGGUGAAGAGCGAACCAGGUGUGGGCGGCGGCGGCGGUGGUGGUGGAGGCGGCGGAGGGGGCGGAGGAGGAGGCGGUGGCGGCGGCAACGGCAGCGGCAACAAUAACGGUGGUAACAACAACGCAGGCGGCAAUAACAGCGGCGUCGGCGUCGGUGGCGAUCAUCAUCAGCAGCAGCAACAAGGCGGCGGUCUGGGUGGCCUUGGCAAUAAUGGGCGGGGCGGAGGACCCGGCGGCAUGGCCACGGGUCCCGGGGGCGUCGGUGUCGGCCUAGGGGUGGGUGGUGGCGGCCUCGGCGGCAUGGGCAUGCCACCGCACAUGAUGUCCGCCCAGCAGAAGUCGGCGCUGGGGAAUCUGGCCAACUUGGUGGAGUGCAAGCGGGAGCCGGAUCACGAUUUCCCGGACCUGGGCUCCCUGGACAAGGACGGUGCCGGUGGACAGUUCCCUGGGUUCCCCGAUCUGCUCGGGGAUGACAACUCGGAGAACAAUGACACCUUCAAGGAUCUCAUCAGCAACCUGCAGGACUUCAAUCCGAGUUUCCUCGACGGCUUCGAUGAGAAGCCAUUGCUGGACAUCAAAACGGAGGACGGCAUCAAGGUGGAGCCGCCCAAUGCCCAGGAUCUGAUCAAUAGCCUGAACGUCAAGUCGGAGGGCGGUCUGGGACAUGGCUUCGGUGGCUUCAACCUGGGCCUGGACAAUCCGGGCAUGAAGAUGCGCGGCAACCAGGGCGGCUUCCCUAACGGUCCGAAUGGUCCUGCCGUGGCCGGAGGCGGUGGUGGCGGUGUAGGCGGCGGCGGGGGCGGAGGCGUGGCCCCCAAUGCUGGCGCUGGCAAUGGAAAUGCCGGGAAUCUCAUGUCGGAUCAUCCGCUGGCAGCUCAGACUUUGAAGCAAAUGGCCGAGCAGCACCAGCACAAGAAUGCCAUGGGUGGCAUGGGCGGCUUCCCCCGCCCGCCCCACGGCAUGAAUCUGCAACAGCAGCAGCAGCAACAGGCCCAGCAGCAGCAGGCGCAGCAGCAGCACGGCCAGAUGAUGGGUCAGGGUCAGCCGGGACGUUACAACGACUAUGGCGGUGGCUUUCCCAAUGACUUUAGCCUGGGUCCCAAUGGACCGCAGCAGCAGCAGCAACAGCAACAACAGCAGCAGCCGCAGCAGCAGCAUCUGCCGCCGCAGUUCCACCAAAAGGGUCCUGGCCCAGGUCCUGGGGCUGGUAUGCAACAGAACUUCCUGGACAUCAAGCAGGAGCUCUUCUAUUCCUCACAGAACGAUUUCGAUCUCAAGCGCAUGCAGCAGCAGCAGGCCAUGCAACAGCAGCAACAGCAACACCACCAGCAGCAGCAGUCCAAGAUGGGUGGAGUGCCCAACUUCAACAAGCAGCAGCAGCAGCAACAGGUGCCGCAGCAGCAACUGCAACAGCAACAGCAACAAUACUCGCCCUUUUCCAACCAGAACUCUAAUCCUGCCGCCAAUUUCCUGAAUUGCCCGCCCAGGGGCGGUCCCAACGGGGGCCAGCAGCCGGGCAACAUGCCGCAGCAGCAGCAACAGCAACAGCCCGGCGGCGGGCCGCAGCAACAACAGCAGCGCGGCAAUGCCGGCAAUGGGCCUCCAAAUAAUCCUAAUAAUGGAGGUCCCGGCGGCAACUCCAACAACCCCACGCAGCAGCAGCAACAACAACAACAACAGCAGGCCACAACAACAACACUGCAGAUGAAACAGACGCAACAAUUGCACAUUAGCCAGCAGGGAGGAGGAGCCCAUGGCAUCCAGGUUUCGGCUGGGCAGCAUCUGCAUUUGAGUGGCGACAUGAAGAGCAAUGUCUCGGUGGCCGCCCAACAAGGUGUCUUCUUCAGUCAGCAGCAGGCCCAGCAGCAACAGCAACAGCCCGGCGGCAACAAUGGCCCCAAUCCGCAACAGCAGCAACCGCAUGGCGGCAAUGCUGGCGGAGGCCUGGGUGCUGGUGUGGGCGUUGGCGUGGGCGUGGGCGGAGUGGGUGUGGGUGUGGGCAAUGGAGGACCCAAUCCCGGACAGCAGCAGCAACCAAAUCAAAACAUGAGCAAUGCAAAUGUACCCUCCGAUGGCUUCUCGCUCAGCCAGAGCCAGAGCAUGAACUUCAACCAGCAACAGCAGCAACAACAAGCGGCAGCAGCCGCAGCAGCAGCAGCGGCAGCGCAACAGCAACAGGCGGCCCAGCAGCAGCAACAGCAGCAGGUGCCGCCCAACAUGCGCCAGCGUCAGACGCAAGCGCAGGCAGCGGCCGCGGCAGCGGCAGCAGCGGCGCAGGCGCAAGCGGCCGCCAAUGCUGGCGGACCGAACGUACCGCUGAUGCAGCAGCCGCAGGUCGGAGUGGGCGUCGGUGUUGGCGUGGGCAAUGGAGGCGUGGUCGGUGGACCAGGCGGUGGCGGCGGCGUUGGCCCCAAUAACGGUGCAAUGAACCAAAUGGGCGGACCCAUGGGCGGCAUGCCGGGCAUGCAGAUGGGAGGACCCAUGAAUCCCAUGCAGAUGAACCCGAACGGACCCGGCGGUCCCACGGCCCAGCAGCAGAUGAUGAUGGGCGGAGGCGGUGGCAACGGCGGCCCGGGUCAGGUGCCAGGUGGUCCCGGCGGACCGGGACCCAAUCCUAACCAGGCCAAGUUCCUGCAACAGCAGCAGAUGAUGCGAGCGCAGGCGAUGCAGCAGCAGCAACAGCACAUGGCCGGAGCCCGUCCACCGCCGCCGGAGUACGCCAACGCCACCAAGGCGCAGCUGAUGCAGGCCCAGAUGAUGCAGCAAACGGUGGGCGGCGGUGGCGUCGGUGUCGGCGGCGUGGGAGUGGGCGUUGGAGUUGGAGGCGUCGGCGGUGCCAAUGGCGGUCGCUUCCCGAACAGCGCUGCCCAGGCUGCGGCCAUGCGACGCAUCACUCAGCAGCCCAUUCCGCCCUCCGGCCCGAUGAUGCGCCCCCAGCAUGCGGCCAUGUACAUGCAGCAGCAUGGCGGCGCGGGCGGUGGUCCUCGGGGCGGCAUGGGUGGUCCGUAUGGCGGCGGAGCGGGCGGACCUAUGGGCGGCCCACAGCAGCAGCAGAGACCGCCCAAUGUUCAGGUCACGCCCGACGGAAUGCCAAUGGGCUCGCAGCAGGAGUGGCGUCACAUGAUGAUGUCGCAGCAGCAGACGCAGAUGGGCUUCGGCGGUCCAGGACCCGGAGGUCCAAUGCGACAGGGCCCGGGCGGAUUCAAUGGAGGCAACUUCAUGCCCAACGGCGCUCCGAAUCCAGCUGGCAACGGCCCCAAUGGCGGUGGCAUGAUGUCCGGUCCAAAUGUACCGCAGAUGCAACUCGCACCGGCCCAGAUGCAGCAGCAGUUGAUGCGCCAGCAGCAGCAGCAACAGCAACAACAGCAGCAGCAGCAACACCUGGGACCCGGUGGCGGCAACAACAUGCAACAGAUGCAGCAACUGCUGCAACAGCAGCAAUCCGGCGGCGGAGGCAACAUGAUGACCAGCCAAAUGCAAAUGUCCAGCAUGCACAUGUCCCAGACCCAGCAGCAGAUCACCAUGCAGCAGCAGCAACAGUUUGUGCAGAGCACCACCACCACCACGCACCAGCAGCAGCAGAUGUUGCAGAUGCAACAGGGUCCGGGCGGUGGCGGCGGCGCGGCUAGCAACAACAACGGGGGCGGAGGCGGUGGCGGCGGGGCGGCCGUGGGUGGCAACACGACGACGACCAUUGCCAGUGCCAGUUCCAUUAGCCAAACGAUCAACUCGGUGGUGGCCAACUCGAAUGACUUUGGUCUCGAAUUCCUGGACAACCUGCCGGUGGACAGUAACUUCUCCACGCAGGAUCUGAUCAAUUCCCUUGACAACGACCACUUCAAUCUGCAGGACUUCAACAUGCCGUAGAUGGAUGUAUAAUGUCGUUGCAUAAUCAAAAAUCCACCCAGCCAGCACCAAAAAGAAGAAAAAAACACUCCACCACCAUAACCUAACCACCACGAUGUUGCCUCAGUUUUGUUUAGAUUUUUGUUUUGUUGCCUGUUGUUGUUAUUGGUCCGGGCAACCGAAUCCAACCGCCCACAAAGCCCCUCCCUCCCGUAAGCCUACGCCCCACAACCCUCCUCGUUCCUGCCAACGAAAGUUAUUUUGUUUGUUAUUUGUGUGUGAAUUUAUUCCUAAGCUAAGUUCUAUAUAUGUCUCCACUAUGUACUCUAAUUUCGCGGGCUCCACUCUAUCGUAUCGUAUUUGUAUUUGUAUUUUGUAUUUUAUUGUAAUUGUAUUUGUAUUUGUAUUGUAUUGUAUGUGUAUUAUUAGAGCUGUUCAGAAAAGGUCCAAGGCGUUCGCCAGUCACUGGGCGUGGCAGCGGCUCGAAAGUCCGUCAGACAUUCCAUAUAAGGCACCGAUCGAAAUAGGGAACUUAGGGAACUUCUCCAGAAAGUAUUCGCAAAAGUACUUUAAAAUGCAAGAAAGUAAAAAAAAAAACCAAAAACGUACCGAUUUUACAAUUUACAGUUUACAGUAGACCUCCAUCCGCCUCCCACCACCCUCGCAGAAACUUAAGCACUUGUACUUAAAGGACAUAAUAUAUUUUUUUUUGGCCACGCCCAGUGCUACGUACGCCCAUUUCGUUUGAUUACUUAAGCAACCAAAAAAGCAGAUGAAAUAAUGGAUGCAAAAUGCAAAAAAAGAACCAACCAGAAAACAAAAACAAAACACAAAAUAGUUGUACAUUUUAUAUUGUAUUUAA